AUGCGAAUUUCCGUGGCUGUGUGAUUUCUUAUACUACAGUUCAUGGUUUUUCCUGUGAAUCGAUUCUCGCUCUGUGGAAAUCUUUGCGAUUUUUGCGUCUAAGAUGACGAUGCAUCAAGUGAAUCGAUAUCCAAGUCUUGACAGUUGAGAUUCAGAAGGCCAGGUUUUCUAGCACCAAGGGCCCUGUGGGUAGUUGAUCAAGCUGGAGCUUCAGAAUGCUAAUCCUGGCCUGGUGCCGGGACGGACCAAUGGCAUCAAAAAGAUGAAAAAGAGGAAGGAGCUAGAUGCCCUCCUUCUCAACAGCAUGAAUGGCAAGAAACUAGGCAAGAGUUCGGGCAGCGGCAAGGAAGGUCAUGAACUGCUACGUAAUGAGGCCAGCUGGGACUCUAACUCAACCGAUAACGAGGAAUUUUUCUCCCCACCAAGGAGGCUCGCAAUAAGAAAACCCGCAAGAUGGCGUGCUUGUGCCACGGGCCUACAGCUGUGUAUGUUUGUUGUCAUGGUGGCUUGUAUCGUCGUCACUGGCGGUCUGGUAUGGAUGCAUCUAGACCUCAAGCAAGACUUAGAUGAGUUGAGGUUGCGCAUUGCCAAAGUGGAAUCGGAAUUGAAGACGUCCACGGAGCAGGCGUUGACAGUGAGUGCACUACAGCAGAAGAUAGAGCACCUGCAGAAAUUACCAGCACAGAUAAGCAGUAUUUAUGCCCAGAUACGUGCCGUGAAUGCAACAAAUAGUCAACUUCGGUCCAGCCUGGCAGCAGUGAAGCAGGAGUUCCAGUCUCAUUCCACUGCUGACAUUGAAGGCUUGCAACAGUCUACAGCUCAGAUCGGCAGUGCUUUGCAAGGAGUCCAGAGUUUACAGACUCAACACACACAGCAGAUUGACACACUCACCAAUUCCCUCCAGCAGCUACAGACAAGCCUGACAAGUUUGCAAGGUAAUGUCAGCCAGCUGCAGCAAGAAGCUUCAGUGCCUACUCCAAAACCCAGCGAUCCCGCUUCUGACACCAGUCACUCAAGUGAAUUCUUAGACGUUGGGAAAGUAAUCCAGUCACUACAGCAGGAACAAGAGGCCAUGUCAGUAAAUGUGGGUCACCUAAACACCACGGUGGCCACCAUUUCACACUGGAAAGAAGCCCUAAUGCCAAGAAUUGUAGCCCUGGAGUCUACCCCUCAUACCAGCGAUACAACAGAUGACGCUUUGGCAGAGAAAGUCACUCAGCUACAAUCACAGGUGAACACUUUGAUGAGUAGCAUUCAUAGUCAGACACCCGAUGGGGAGACCGGGCAUCAGACAUCAAAUUCAACAACAAGUGAUGUACCAACAGACUGGAGACGAGGCAUCGAGUCUGAUAUCCAAGUCAUUCAGAAACAACUAGAUGAACUCAACCCCCGAGAUCUGAACAACAAUCUCCUGAAUGAGAACACGACCCGCGGCAUCCAGCAGCAGCUGGAGAGGGCGCUCUCCCUCUUCAAGGCGGAAAAUCUGAAGUCGGUGGACGACGUGAAGCAAGACAACCAGGCAAUCUGGGGCAGACUCUAUCAGCAGCAUGGUGAUAUUACUGACAUGCAGAAAGAGGUGGAUGACCUACAAGUCAGGGUACAAGACCUGGAGAAGGACAUGGGACAUUCGCCAGGCCCAACAUCUUCUCAGUCAUCAGUGAGGCUUUCAACUGUAUCAGAGUCAUCUACACAGCAUUCAGUGACUCAUGUCCACCAGCAGCCGAUCACGAUACCAGAGAUAUCAACAGUUGACGAGCUGGAAAUGAAGUUUUUCAUCAUGGAUGAUAACGAUGAUGAUUUGUUGUCCUAUGCGGAGCUGAAGGAUUUCUUUGGUCCUAAUGCACCCCCCAAGGACCAGCUCAUGCAAUUUGACAAGAACCUGGACGAUAAGCUGAGCCUGGAUGAAUUGAAGACAGCUCUUGGUUUCCAAGAACAAUAAGUGCUGCUUUUGCAAGUAACUCCCAAGUUUUCCUUCAUGUGCGGUUUAAGUCUGUGUGGAGACAAGGCGACUGAAUUUACUUGGACAGGCUUUUUAUGAGUUGUGCCAAGCAGUGUUGUAAUUUAGACCAUUUAAGACCAUCACAAAACCCCAUAAGACCAUCACAAGACCCCAUAAGACCAUCACAAGACCCCAUAAGACCAUCACA